UCUCUCUCUCUCUCUCUCUCUCUCUGUAUAUUUGAUCAUCCCUUUGAAGCAUUUUCGACUGAUAGUUCGCGAGAAACAAUGGGCUGCUUAAACAUUUUUCAAGUGGUUAAUGUGAUGUUCUCUUCUUUGGUAUCUUCAUAAUUUGCAGAGAAAUUUUCUUUUUGAUCAUUUUAUCCAUUUUAUUCUUUUCAAAUAAGCUCAUAAAAUAAUUAAUGUGCAAUUAAAGCAAAUCCACAUUCUUUUCAUUUCAUUAUCUUAACUUGAUUCGUUAUAUUAGUGGUCCGAAACUAGCAGUAUAAAACCUUCCCAGGGAAAUUAUCGUAUCGAACAAUUUUGGCCGCUUUCAAAAAGUUAAGACUUCCUUCCAGAGAAGUAAGUCUGAUGAGUAAAGUAACUUUAAAAGUCAGGUUUGGAGGAAGAAAGUAACUCACCACUAAACAUGCUCUGGUGAAUCGAGUCAAGGAGAUUACAAUGAAACGACAAGAAGAAAUCACUUUUGAUGGAAGUGCAGAUAAGCGUGGACAUCCCGCAGUGCGCAAAAGAACUGGAACAUGGUUUGCUGGUAUUCUAAUACUUGUGAACCAAGGUCUAGCUACGCUGGCAUUUUUUGGGGUAGGAGUGAAUCUGGUUUUGUUUCUAACAAGAGUUAUGGGACAAGACAAUGCUGAGGCAGCAAAUAAUGUCAGCAAAUGGACAGGCACUGUCUACAUCUUCUCUCUUUUGGGGGCCUUCCUUAGUGACUCUUAUUGGGGCCGAUACAAAACUUGUGCCAUUUUCCAAGCCAUCUUUGUGGUUGGUUUGGUUUCACUAUCUUUAACAUCAUACAUAUUCCUAGUUAAGCCUAGUGGCUGUGGGGAUGAAAAAAUACCUUGUAAUCCUCACUCCACCAUUCAUGUUGCUCUAUUCUACGUAUCCAUUUACUUGAUUGCCCUUGGCAAUGGAGGGUAUCAGCCCAAUAUUGCAACAUUUGGAGCAGACCAAUUUGAUGAAGAUCACCCUAAAGAAAGCCGCUCAAAAGUGUCCUUUUUUAGUUACUUUUACUUGGCGUUAAAUCUUGGAUCUCUCUUUUCAAACACGAUUUUGGGUUAUUAUGAGGACAAGGGAAUGUGGGCAUUAGGGUUUUGGGCGUCAGCUGGUUCAGCUAUUGUUGCACUAAUCUUGUUCCUUGUUGGGACACCAAGGUACAGACAUUUUAUACCAAAAAGUAAUCCUCUUUCAAGGUUUUGCCAAGUGAUUAUUGCAGCAUUAAGAAAAUGGAACGCUGAGCUCCCCUCAGUAGAUGAUGAAUUAUAUGAAGUAGAUGGUAAGGAGCUUGCAGAAAAUGGGGAUAAAAAAAUACUUCAUACCCAUGGAUUCAAGUUCUUGGACAAAGCCGCAGUUAUCACGACAAAUGAGUAUAAUUUAGAAGGAAAUGAUCUUGGCUUUAAUCCAUGGAGCCUUUGCUCAGUUACACAAGUUGAAGAAGUAAAAUGCAUACUUAGACUUCUUCCAAUUUGGCUAUGCACCAUACUAUACUCUGUUGUCUUCUCUCAGAUGGCCUUUCUUUUCGUAGAACAAGGGGCAGCCAUGAAAACCAUUUUCAUAGGCUUUCACAUUCCUCCAGCCAGCAUGUCUAGCUUCGACAUUCUUAGCGUUGCAGCUUUUAUUUUCAUCUAUAGGCGAGUUCUCGACCCCCUUGUUGCAAGAUUGAGAAAGUUUAGUUCCAAAGGGCUAACUGAGCUCCAACGAAUGGGAAUUGGCCUAAUUAUAGCUAUAAUGGCAAUGAUGGCAGCCGGUACAGUCGAGCAUUUUAGGCUGAAAUACGUGCCGGAAGAUUGCUUGAAAUGUUCGAGUACUCUGAGCAUAUUUUGGCAAGUUCCCCAAUAUGUUCUAAUUGGCGCAUCAGAGGUUUUCAUGUACGUUGGACAACUGGAAUUCUUCAAUGGGCAGACGCCCGAUGGUUUGAAGAGCUUUGGAAGUGCACUUUGCAUGACUUCCAUAUCAUUAGGAAAUUACGUGAGUAGCUUGCUAGUGACUAUAGUCAUGAAAAUUUCUGUUUCUCAUAAAAUGCCGGGAUGGAUUCCUGGAAACCUCAACAAGGGUCAUUUGGACAGAUUCUACUUCCUUUUAGCAGCUCUAACAACUAUUGAUCUUGCAGUGUACAUUGUGACAGCAAAAUGGUACAAGUACAUAAAAUUUGAAGAGAGGAAUGUGACAAACAAUGGAGAAAUGCAUCAAGAUUUUAGACUAGUCUAGAUAUAAUUACAAUCUUCUUCUUUCAUUUUCAAAGUGGUAUAUUAAUAAAGAAAAUGCAGAAGAGUGGCAUGGUAUGCUGCGAUUGCCAUUGUAAAUAAGAGAGUACGUGAAUUUGUAUGGGCAAGGAAACUAGAGUAAUGCAUUCACUUCUCUAAGUUGAGCAAUAUAUGAGGGGAAGCAGAAGACGAGGAAAUUUAUUUAUUUUUUUAUUCAAAAGUACUCUAAAGUUUGUUAGAAAUCGAA